GUCACUUGGCAGCAAUUCUAUGUCACUCCACAGACUAUGACUGAAUAUAAAAGUGAUCUCAGUUUUGCUAAUGAUUGGAUUGUGAAAUAUUGUCUUCUACUGAAGACUGUAAGCUAGCAGUAAACAUAUUCUCUGGGGGUGGUGAAAUCAGUUUUAAGUUCUAGAAGGGAAUUUAUAGCACUUAAUCUCUUUAAUUACUAUACUUAGCUGUGUCUGCUACAAAGGGCGAGGCAACAUGAUGAAAUGCUGCAGGAGUUUUUUUUUCUAUUCUGUAUAUAUUAUUUAAAGACCAUCUGAAGGCCUGGGGUUAAUCAUACUGCAUUCUUGUAUUAAUCCAGGCUGUGCAUAUUACGUUACAAUUAUUUAAAUUAGAUCUUUUUUUUUUUUUUUGCCUUUAGGGUUGAUUCUCAUUUAUACUGACAGCUACAAGGUCAAGGCACUGGCAUGGAGAACUCUGAGAAUGAACAUGAAAGCCAGAGUGAGAGGCCCUGCUCUUCUGCUGAUCAAAAUGUACUUCUGCAAAACGAUCUGUCAGAAGGAGAAAAAUCGGCAAUUCUUGCACGGCGAACAAAAAUGUAUGAUUGCUUUAAAAGGUUGGAUAUUGCAGAACCAAAGAACAGUCAGAAGGAACCAGUCAUUGCUAUUUUGGGCUCUGGUGGAGGUCUUCGUGCCACGAUCGGACUUUUGGGAUGUCUGGCAGAACUGUGCAAUCAAGAUUUGUUAGAUAUUGUUACGUAUCUAUGUGGGACAUCUGGGUCAACUUGGUGUAUGGCAUCACUCUAUUGCAAUGAUAACUGGUCAGAAUGUAUGGAAGACAUGGAAAAGAAGGUGUGUGAUAACCUUACCAUUACCAAUUUGAAUUGGCCAAAGAUGUGGGAGAAGCUAAUGCAGUCAUCUGCUGAUGACAUCCAGUCUUUAACCGACUUUUGGGCUUAUGGGGUUGUUCACAUGAUGACCAAUGAAAUUAAUGAAAACAAAUUGUCUAGCCACCAGAAAGCGUGUGAGAAUGGAAAUAAUCCUUAUCCAAUCUACUCAGCAGUGGAAAAAAAGACAGAAUUGAAAAGAACUGCAGAUCCAGGAAUCUGGUUUGAAUUUACUCCACACCGAUCUGGAUUUCCAGCAUAUAACUGUUUUGUGGAGACUUCUCUCCUAGGAAGUCAGUUUGAAGAUGGGAAGCUGAUGAAGAAAGUUCCUGAGAGAGAUCUGUGUUAUUUGCAAGGGUUGUGGGGAAGCGCUAUUGCAAAAACAGAAUAUAUGUGGGAAACCAUUGCAGACUCCAUUCAAAAUGCGUUGAAAAAGUCUAGCUGCUCAAACAUGGAAAACCAAGAUGUACCAGGUUUAUCAUGCGAAGACUCCAUUCAAAAUGCAUUGAGGAUGUCUAGCUGCUCAAACAUGGAAAAUCAAGGUGUACCAGGUUUAUCAUGCGAAGAUACCAAACAUGAUUGUAGAGGAUGCAGAGGAUUGCAUGUAGUAUUGUCUGAAGACCUGUCUAAGAUAAAGAAUUUGGUGAAGAAUCAGCGCAUUCAUCAUUUGGCUCUAGCAAUAAAAGGUAUAAUGGAAGCAGAAAAUGAAAUACCAUUGAUCAAUGGAGAAGAUGUUGAUGUAGAAGCUCUGUGGGAAGUAUUGAAUAACUCAUCAGAGUUGUGUCAAGUUUCUAAAUUGUUAUACCAAGCUUUGAUUUCACUGGCCAGGUGGGAAUGGGGAACAACUUAUAACUUUCUCUAUCAAGGCAAGGGAAUGGGUAGUGUUCCUGAUGAACUCUUAAAUGAGAAAUACCUGUCAUUAAUUGAUGCUGGACUGGUGAUAAAUGCUGCUUUCCCAUUGAUACUUCCUCCCUAUCGGAAAGUAGACCUCAUUCUAUCCUUUGAUUUUAGUGCUGGUGAUCCAUUCAUGACCCUAAAAAGCACAGUAAAGUACUGUCAGGAAAACAAGAUUCCCUUUCCGAAGAUACACAUAGAAAAACAAGAAGAAGUCAACCCUUCACGCAACUGCUAUAUCUUUGAAGAGGGAGAAGAGGUUCCUAUUGUGAUGCAUUUCCCACUUUUUAACAACCAAAACUGUGAAGGUAAUGUGCAAGAAGUAAAGGCAAAAUAUCCAACCCGUAAACUGGCCUACACAGAAUCCGAGAUUGAAGAACUUUUGCAAUUUUCAAAAAUGAAUGUGAAACUAAGCAGAGAGGAUAUACUGAGAAAACUAAAACAUAUUACUGAAGGCAUUUAGAUAAUAGAAAUCAUAGUUCUGCCCUCAUUACUAUUGGAAUCACUGUAUCAAUAAUUAAAUAUAAUAAUAGAAAUGCUUACAAAUGAUUUGUCCAUUUUACUCAUGAAGCAUGUUUACUGUUAAUAUCAUCUAGAAGCAUGUGUUAUAUAAUUACUAAUACAUCUUUAUAAAUAUGCUUUGUCUAUGGAAAAUGCACUUUAUUGUCACUGUUCAAUCUCUUAAAUAAAACACUUAAAAUAUGUGAUACA